CCUCCCCCCCGGCUCCAUCAUGCAUCGAUGGCCCUUUCGCAACUUCAUCACAUCCAGACGAAUAUAUUGAAUAAUCUAGUGCGAGUCGAGUCCCAUCGAUACCCAACAUCUGCGUGUCCGCCAGAAAUCCCAUAUCAAACCCUAAGGCAGAGAGAGGCAUGCCCCGCCCAAAACAAAAAACCAAGGCCGAAGACCUCAUUCGGGUCCGAAAUAAUCAACGCAAAUCGCGAGAGCGGAGGAAGCAACAUGUUGCGGAGCUGGAGCAGAAAGUAAGGCAGCUGGAGUCAGCGGUUGCAGCGGUUAAAGUACCCAUGCCGAGCAUGAGCCUAGCAAAGGAGAAUCGCAUACUUAGAACCCUACUAGAGUCGAUUGGGUUUGACAACUUAUCGCUCGAGGGGUAUCUACAGAGCGCCCCUUUUGGCGGACUGCAGGGGUCGUUAGAACCCGGUCUUAUCGCUCCUGCGGGUCCCGUACCUGGUGUGGAGUUUGGGAGAUUGGAGCCAGGGUCGAUGUCUAGUGAUCAACUCGACGCUCAGGCUACAGGAGAACCAAGUUCCAGUAUUCGGAAUAUAGGCCUUGUUAGUCCCGAUGUCUUGGAUCUCUCGUACUCUGCCCCGAUGCUAGGGGCAAAUGAGACCUCACUAAACAUAAAUCAGAGUCAGCCUCCAACACGGGACACUGAAUUAAUCAUGACCGAAGUUCCAGCCGGUAUACUGCACGCCCCAGAUGAAGAAGCCUUGCGGCCAGCAACCUCUGUCAACGGCGAGACUACAUUAUGCAGCGUCGCAUUCAACCUCAUUAUCCAGUGCAACCGCACGGGCAAGGAUGUGGUCGAGCUCGAGACGAAGCUGCGGUAUGGGUACAAGAUGCCCGCUGGUCCCGGGGAAGGCUGUCGGGUGGAUAAUGGGACUCUUUUGGCGGUACUUUGUGAGCUUGUUAGUGGACUUUAAUCAGGACGCUGCCAGGGUCACCAGGGUUGUUUGAUUACAUUUCUUUUUUCGUUUCCCUCUCUUUUCUUUGUUGUCCCUCUCGUAUUGCGUUGACUUAAGCAGGGUUGAUAGCCUGAAAGAAAUGCAGUAUCUGGUAUGUCACCAUCUGACAAAUGUAGGUAGAAUGGGAUGUCACUGUUUACACGUGGGGAAGUCUUGGCCAUGUCACCACAC